AUGGUCCACUCCACGCACCUCGGAGAUAGACCUCCAAUCUACAAAAUCGACCUCUCUCUCCCGCCAGCGGAGCGUUAUAUCGAACUAGCCAGUAUAUACCGCAUUCAACUACGAUCUAUCUCGCAUAUCUUCGAUGAUCUCGUUUCGUCCAUUCACCCUAACAUCCCUCUUGGGCUCGUUCACAAACUAGCCCGACUCUGUAUGCGGCGUCUGUACACUUCGGAAGAAACCGAGGAAAUCCGCGGAAUCAGCAAAGCCACUGAUAUACCAUUAUAUCUUCUAGUUGCCUUUAAUGUCCUGCUUGACCUUCUUAUGGGCUGUACCAGUGGAGGUGUAAGAGUAAAACCCCACCGUGAUGCAACGGAGACGAAGAUGCUGCAUUUCAGAACCCUAGACUGGGGUAUGGAUGCAUUGAGAGAAUUGGUGGUUCAGCUAGAUUACGUUCGAGGACCAGAUACAGAGAAAGUUCUCGCGAGGAGUAUCACUUAUGUUGGUUUCGUUGGCGUUUUGACUGGAGUGAGAAAGGAUCUUAGCCUAUCUCUCAAUUUUCGGCCUACACAUAAUGUGGUAUCCUGGGUUUCGAAUUUCUUCUUCUACGCAAACCAUCUGCUUGUCUUGUUUGGGAUUCGUCCCUCGAUUGCAUCACUGCUUCGACAAUACAUCGUUCCUGAGUUGAACGAUAAAGAAUCGCAAGAGCACCAGACAGUUCUCCAUAUGGAAGAAAAAUAUGGGCCUGAAUCGCAAGCUCCAUCCCUAGUCAAAAUCGAAUCGACUCUUCCUUCAAUACCAACCACAGCAGCGUAUCUGAUCUUCAGCGACGGUAUAUCCACCCUGACCAUGGAAAAAGACUACCGGAGUGCCGUCAUCCGAAGCUCAACCUCUUUCAUCGUCACCACCAAUAACGAUCUAGAACCAGACACUCCUCCAACAGAGCAAGUCGCAGCACAGAAACGAAAGACUCAUGCAGGCCUGGGAGUGAUUGCUGGUGAAACACAAAGUGUGGCUGACAUCAUUGAAGAUAGCAAUGAGCGGCGAGACUGCAUGCAGAAGAACUGGGAUAAGAAAGUUCAUCGUGAGCAGCAGAGAAGAGCUACAACUAGUCAGUUUGGCAGAAAUCACCGAUCCGGGGAUGAGAAGCUUCAUUCAAUGAAAGAAAAGAGAUACUCGACCAGGUCCAGUAAGAAGAGUCAAUCUCUCCAGAGCUACACGCGACUUCGUGGAUCCCCCAUUCGAGAGAUGAAUACCAUCAAAGCGACCAAAUUCGAUGAUGAGUCCGUCUCAGCGACACCGAAAGAGGCCAUUAAGUGGCUAAGUGGCUGGCCCGUGACAAAUGAAACGACACACUAUGCGAUGCUCAUGGACCCCACUGAGGGAGAGAUCAUAUGGAUCAAGCGUUAUCUGGAGCCCGUUGAUUUGUAUUCUAGUUAG